AUGCCGACGAAUGAGCAAUGGCUGUCGUCAUUCGAUUGGGAUUCUCGUCCCUUUUUGGGGCUACCCAAUUCUGCCAUGGAGCGUAUAUGUCGAUUCUUACCGACGCAGAAGGCUUUAUAUACAGCAUGUCUAAUACACCCGAGGUGGCUCAAGGCAGCUACCGAUGUGCUAUGGGAAGCACCUGAACUUCGCGAUCCAGAGUCAUUCCGGUUGUUUGCCGAGUCCGUCAAGAACCAUAAAAAGUCGGCACUGGUGGUCAAACGACUCUCGCUAUGUCUACGCGACGAAGAACACCAAACAGUUUUUCGACCCAUCAUGGAUUCAGAGCUAGAACGCCAUUCAUACAACCACGUUCGCAUCCUGACAAGGUCUUUUCUUAUUCACAACAUGGCUCAACAAUGCGAGAAGAUUCGAUCCUACAAGAUCUAUGGAUGGGGUUUAGAGCCUAUGAUGCUUGGGACAUUGGAUACGAUAUUGACAGACCUCGAAUCGCUUACGCUUGUUGGCAGCAAUCCAUCAUUUCAAGGCGUCUUCAUCCAACGCAGCCUGUUGUCAAAGCUCAAAGAAUUACGAUUGGAUGGCCGUUUCCCAAUCAGUCCCCAGUUUGCAAAGGUGAUUAGUGAACGUGCACUCGCGCUGGAAAGUUUACAAGUCUCAUUGGCAGGCAUGGAGCGCGUAUCAUUGAUUUCAUUAUGCUCGGGCAAGCUCGAUUUACGCAAAUUGAUCUUGACACAAGCAACGCAUUUGACAGAGGCUGAUGUACAAGGUGUAUUGGACUCAUUUCCCAAUUUGACCGAAUUGACGUUGCAUGGCACUACAUGGAUAUCAGCAAACACCAUCGUUUCAGUAGUCACCUCGUGUCCAUCACUUUGCAAGCUUGAGAUUCGAGCUGAUCCAGCAUCAUUGAAGAUACCAAUCACAGCCACACGAAUGACACAGGAUUUGGAUAUUGAACCACUCAACCUGAAGCAGCUUUUGAUCGAGAAUCUCAACGUCCCUGAAGAUAUCAUCAAUGCAUUGGCAUCGCGUUGUCCAUCUCUCACGACACUUGGUCUCAAAAAUUGCCAUUCUAUCAAUGAUGAUUCUUUGGUUCCCUUGGUUGAACGUGCCAAUCGCCUCACAACGCUGCAUCUCAUUGCUUGCCCCGAUAUUACAGAAAGCAUCCUACACCAUUUAUGCAAAGGACCUUCGAGAAAUACGAUCAACCACAUCCACAUUGAGCAAUGCGGCAACAUUUCACCACGUGCUAUAUACCAGCUUUGUUGUCAAUGCAGCAAGCAUUUACGCCAUGUUCGACUCGUUGGAUAUAGAAACAUUGCAAAGUCGCCCAUCAAGGAUUUUGCUAUUGAGCGUCCCGGCAAUAUCAGCAACGUCCGUAAUGAUGCAGCCAUCGUGAUUACUUUGGAUGAGAGCAAUAUCGACGCCAUGGUCAACACCGACAUGUCAUCAGAGCCUGAAUUGAUGUCUCUUCCCGAAUCACGUUAUCUUUCGGGUGCUCAUAUCGUAUCCCUGGCACGUAUUCUCAAUAUGGAUGUAUCGACAUUGGAAAAUGCUCUUGAUAGAGCACAGAAUGAAGACCAACCAUGGAACCAAGAUAUUGGAUUUGCAAAUGACGUCAAUGGAUACCCAUCUGGAAAUGAGGGUAUAAGCAAGCGUUCAUCGCGUGUUGCAGCACUCAAGGCAUCAAGUGGUGUUGGUGGUGGAGGAGGAGGACAAAGGCCAACCACACCUGGUUUAUGGGCCACAGCAAACGAAGCUGCCAUCACGCAACAUAUCCCAGGCUCUAUUCGCCAACAACAUGCUAUUCAACAACCAUCUUCAAAUGCACCCUACACUGAAAGAAUGAAGCCACUCUCGCCAGUACAUUCAGAAUCACCAGCUCAACAAGAGGAAGAGUCAGCAUUUGAAUUUGAGGAGCAAGAGUAUAGCAACGAUGACUCUUAUGAAGAAGAAGAUGAGGAAGAUGAGGAUGAGGAACGAUAUGACAAUGACGAGGAGGAAGAGGAAGUGUACCAAGUGCAUAUGAGACCUGAGGAUGUUCAGCGGAACAACAAGAGCAUGUAUCAAGUACCGGAUGAAGUAACGCCACAACCGCAACAACCACAGCCACAACCUUUGACAACGCAAUUGCCUCCUAUGAUGAAUGAAUGGCCAUCUUUAUCAGCCAGCAACAGAAAGAAGCAGCAGGAGGUGGAUCUAGGAGGAUGGGGCUCGACAACAACUGUUCCAUGGGCACAAAAAGCUUCUGGGCAAGUACAGGAUCAGCAGGAGCAAUCUUGGAAGCCACAUACUUUGGAGCAAUAUGAAAAUACAUGGCAACAAAAGGCAUUGGAGACCACCAUUACUCAAGCUUCUCGUCGACGUCCUGUAGCAGGCAAGGUCAAAACGAUGGAGAACGAUGGAUGGGGAACACCUAAAAACUACGUUGCAUGGGAUGAUUUGCGGGUACAAGGAUACGCGCAUGAUGUUCUUGAGCGCCAAAAAAGUAAUGUGUAUUGGGAAAAGUCAUCCAAUGGCGAAUGGCGUGUGUUGAAUCCAAAGGCACCACCCCAAGAAAGACCAGCUGCUAUGCCCAGUCCUCGCCUUCAAUCAUCGCAUGCAGAAAGAAGCACUCCUGCUCCUUUAUCAGCUGCUGAAUGGCCCACAAUUCAAAAAGCUGCUUCACAAUCACCACAUCAACGACAACAGCAAUCACCAUCACAACAAUUACAGCAACCACCACCAAGCACCAAAAAGCCAUUUCCACCUGAAUUAUGUUCGGAUGAUGAGGAGGUGAUCGAUUGGGAUGAAGAUGAUGGUGUAACAAUCAACACUUCCCCUCAAUUUGCAUCGAGAACAUUGCCAAGCAAAGCACCUCCAACAAAGCCUGCGAAUGUACAAAAUCGACCCAAAUCUCCACGACCUACUCCUUCGCACACAAGGACCAACAAUCGUCGAGUAGAUACACCACCCACUACUUAUGCUGGCCGUUGGAAUGAGCCCAUUGAUUUUGAUCAACCACUACGUCCGAAUGAACAACAACAAUCACCACAACAACGCGUUACUCAGCCAUCAUCAACAUCCACUCCUGAAUUUGACUUUCUUAUCGACACCAGUGAUACGGUUAAGAAAACUGUGGAAGAUCCAACCAUCUACAAAUCACCUCGACAACCAGCUGGCAUGGAACUCAGUAGUAUUUGGCAAGACAUGUCCGAUUUAAAUGCACCCUCAUCCACCACAGCCACCGAAUCUCAUCACCAGCAACAACAGGCACCCGAAAGCAGUGAUAGCCAUAGUGAAACGGAUGGUGGUGGCGAUGGAAUACUACAACCUACAAGGACUAUUGUUGAUAACAAUUCAUUGCUUGACACGAGUGAGGAUUUGAUGAGCACCACAUCAACCUUGUCUCAACGCCUACCUGAUUCCACAACUGGCACCAUGACACCUUUGGUACCUGAACGUAUUAGUACGAGCCAAUCAAAGGGACGUGAAGAACCAAGUAAGCAAACAACGCCGACACCUUCACCAUCACCACCCUCGCCAUCGCCACCACAACAACCACAACCAAUGCAAUCAGAUGCCGUGCAAAAGGAUGAAAAGGACGAAGAAAAGAAAGAGAGUGGAUCUUCAUCACCAUCACCCAAAAGCAUUGUUUAUCGUGUCAAUCUAUCUUUGGGAGGGAGUCAAGAGCAAAGUGUCCUUACGGUCUAUGAGAACCAAGCACUACGUGAUGCAAUUACCGAAUAUUGUAUCGAGCACAAUGUUGAUUUAUGCCAUGUGGACAUUUUGGCCGAAAAGUUGCAACAAGGAUACAGGAAUGCUGUGACACGACGCAUCCUCAAAAAGGGUGUACGCAACGAAUCCAAAAAGAAGAAAAAGAAAAGACAACAACAAACAGGUUCACCCACCACCGAUGACACUACCGUCAAUGAUGCAAGCUCUUCCCCUUUGAGUAACAAUAGCCCAACCAACAUCCCCAACAAUGAGCUACUUUAG